AUCGAAUUUCGGACGUGCGAAAAGAAGCAACCAUACUUCUGGCUAAAAUAUUAGGCAAAUUUAUACAUGAAGAGUGGACGGAGCAGUGCAACAAUUCGACGUCGACCGAUGAAUCGCCGGUACCGGUCACGGAAUCGUUUGUCAAUGAUAUUGUAAAUGGGUUCGCUCGAUCGAUGAGCUGGCAAAGGCGUCAGACGUUCGCAUUAUUCUGUGAGAAAUGUAUAGAAAGUAGGCUGAUGAGCUACGAUCAAUUCUCGUCACUUUUACUCGAUGAUUUGCUCAAGCUGUCUUUCGAUGCAGUGCCAAAUGUGCGCCUGGCAUUUGCUAGGGCUGUCUCACAAACACGUGGUGGACGUAGUUUUCAUGGGGAACGUGAUUCGUCUGCGGUACGACGUGGUCUACAGAAGCUUUUGAUUGAUAAGGAUCUCGACUGUAGGCGUGCUGCUCGAAAUUCACUCGGUUUCUCAGAUACCGAGAGUCUUGUGGAUGUAAGUUUGCUA